AUGGGCGAAGGAACUGAAUGGGUUAUGGGGGUGUCGCAAUUACAAGAAACAUGGAAACGACCGUAUCUAACCGAUGCACCGGUCCUCCUAGUCGUCUGUCAUGAGAUUUUCAAAACGGUGGGAAGUGCAAGAGUACGACUAUUCCACUACAACGAAAUCAGCACUGCUAUCGCUGUUGGAAUGAUGCUGUCCGCAAUACAGUACGUUGGUCUCAACACGGUCGUGACUUCUCCGCUGAAUGCAGGUUCACAAAUUUCGCGUCUUCUACGACGGCCGCCUAAUGAGUGUGUAUUGCUUCUUUUACCCUUGGGUUAUGCCGCAGCGGAUGCCCUUGUUCCCGAUUUGAAGCGGAAGCCUGUGGAGCAAAUUAUCAAGUUGUAUUGA